CAAAGGUGGAGGGAGGCAGUGGCAGCUCGAACAAAGCUGAAACAUCAAAUGAGGGCGUUUCCAGCUGCUCCCUGUUACGCAGAUCCAAAAAAUAAACUGAAAGCACUGUCUCCCAGUGCUGAGUGGCCUAUAGCCAUGGAGAACUUGUGCAAAAGAAUUGUGAACCUGGGGAACGGAGGAAAGCUGGGGAUCUCUUGCACAAGAUUGAAUUGGCUGAGAAACAAGACAGUGCAUGAAAUUAAAGUUCAGCACUUCUACCAGCAAUUGUUAAGUGAUUUAGCUUGGACUCCCCUGGAUCUUGUCUCAUUAAUCACUGAACAUAUUCCAGUUCGACAAGAACAGGUUUUUUGGAAAGUGCUGUUGGUUUUGCCAAAUGAUGAUGAAUAUGCAGAGGAUGAUCCCAACAGGGUACUGGUGGAUUGGUUGAAAGCCAAAUUUAUGGGAGACAAAAGCUGGAAGAAAAACACUUCACGUGCAGAAGGCAAAAUUCAAACGCUGACAUUAUUUAAUUCUCUUGGCAUGCAAGGGAGCAGAAGCGUUAAAGUCAGUGUGUGUAUAAAGGUGGCACAUGGUACACUCUCUGACGCUGAGCUUGAUAUGGCUGAGAUGCAAAAAGACUUGCUUGGAACCAGUGGUCUCAUUCUUCUUCUGCCCCCUCGAGUUAAGAGUGAAGAUGUUGCGGAAGAUGAUGUUUAUUGGCUUUCGGCCUUGCUGCAGUUGAAACAGUUGCUUCAGGCCAAACCUUUCCACCCAAUAGUUCCGCUGGUGGUUCUAGUCCCCGGGCAGGAAGAGGAGGCUGCAGAGAAAGAAGUUGAAGAAGGUUUGAUGCUGCAGGAUUUGAUUUCAGCCCAGCUUAUUUCAGACUACACCAUUGUUGAGCUCCCAGGUUGUAUCAAUGACUUACAAGGCACCAGAAGGAUCUCUGCAGCUGUGGGCUGGCUGGUUUCCCAGUGCCCUGACUUGCUUGAGCUCUGCAGUCAGACCCUUCGGGAGUACAUUGAGGAUGGGAUUGAUGGUGAAUUUGGCAAGCGCUUCUACUAUGACUGGAAGGAGAGGCGUUUAGCUGGCCUGCCAUCUCAGGAGCCUGGGGUCAUCAUAGAGCUGUACAACAGCGUGCUGCAGUUCCUUUCGGAUGUGGCAUCCUCCGAGCACCUUAGUGACUUGUCUUGGCCUGUUACCGAGUUUUCAGAGCCUGGGGGUAACAAGGUGUUGCCCCACCUGCAAUGGAACACGCCUGAUCACCUGGCCUGGCUGAAGAAGGCUGUGCUGUCCUUCCAGAUCCCGUACCUAGAUCUGCCUCCAUUAGGUGCUCCUUGGCGUCCUGUUUGCCGCAUGAUUUUUCAGUAUGUGUCUCAGAUUGCUAGUUCUUCCCAUACUCAGCCACUGAUCCAGUCUCAAGUGGAGAAUCUGCUGAGCAAAACUUACCAGAAGUGGAAAAACAGAACAUCUGGGAACUCUGAUGAAGAUGGACCUUCUGUUGAUGAGAUCCCUUGGGAUGAUAUCUUGGUAGUCUGCAUUGAUCAUAAACUGAGAGACUGGAAACAACCCAAACUGCCUAUUGCUCCAGAAGCAGUAAGUGAAGAUGGUGAGAUUCGUGUGUACUUCUUCAGGGAGCAUUUAAAGAACUUCACUCUCCCUUUUUCAUGGGAACAAGCCAGACUAUGCACACAGGAGGAGAUCCGGCGAGGCUACGAGAGGUCAAGGGUAAAAUCUCCCAACUCUUUUAAGAAACCCUAUAGCAUCUCCAUGAUACCAGGUCAAUAUGGUUCUGACAUGAGCAUGCUGUUAGCUCAAGAAAAGAGCAUUCCAAGUGCAGAUGCAGUCACAGACACAGCCUCAGCCCAGGAACUUCUCCCAGAGCGUCUGUUGGCACAGUUGCAGCUGGAGAAAAUAGAAAGCAGGAGGUUUGAAGAACAGUUGCAGCAAUGUCUAGCUGAGGACACUGAGCCCCUUGGUGACUUCUUAGGUCUUCCUCUCUACCUCCCCCAGUCUUUGGUCUGCAGCCCAACUGUCACCUGUCCGUCGAUGAAGAGUCCUGUGUCAUCUGCUCAAGAUGCUGGGAGUCAAGAGGGAUGCAAGCUUUUGGUGGAGGAGCUAAGCCCCAUGCUGUCGGACAGACUGAAACACUUGAAGCAGCUCCUCAGGGCAAACAAGGAGGGUGAAGUUGCCUCUGAGCUCCACCUGUCUGCUCUGGUGGACAUGGUGGAUAUCUGA